UAUUUUUACAUACAUCAACCAAAUAACAAGAUCAACUCUAGUGCAAAUUAACUCUCUCAAUGGCAUUGAAAGUUGUUGUAGUGUUGUUCCUUGCAAUGCUUUUUUUUACAGAUCAUAAGUCUGUGGCUGGCCAAUUUUGUACGAUAGGAUGUGUUACAAAUUUCAAAAAUGCUGAUAGCCUUAUUAAAUGCCUCGUUGAUUGUAACACACCAUGUCCGCUACAAUGUAUAAAACAAUUCGCACCUACACAAGAUGUUGGGGGCUUACUUUUGUGUGUCGGUCGUUGCCUUUCGCCAUUUACAACAAUUUCUGAUGAAGUUGCAACUCUAAACCCUACUACAACUGUUUGCAACGUUGGAUGUUCUCUUGGCAUUUGUUCCAAAUACCUCAACGAUCUUAAUGACAAGUUUGGACCUUGCAUGACAAGCUGCAAAGAGAACCAUUGUAUUGGUGGCAAAAUUGCUCUAGAGGAAGCUUAAGAAGAAGCAUUAAGAUCAAAUUAUGGCCACCAAGUAUAUUGUGUCAUCUAUAACACUAUGAUAUGUACUAAGCUACAAAAUAUUUUUGUGGUUGUAAUUUUCUAAAUUAUUUAAUCGUUAUUUCUGGUUGUAAUUUUCUAAGUUAUGUAAUCGUUAUGUGUUGGUUGAAUAAAAGUCGAGUGUUUCCUAUUAA